GUAUUUCGUUUCUUUCUGUAAACCUCUGCAACGUCUCCGAGGGCUCCGAGCCGCGGGCCUCGCGAGCUACUCCCUGCCGGGGCCUGCGCAAGCCUAAGGUUGACUGCCCGGCGGGUUCGUGAGGGCGCGAGGUAGAUGGUGAGCAGCCCCAGAGCUGAGGGAGGCCGGGCCCCCAGAGGCAACCCAGCUUGAAGAACUGCGCGGUGGGAGUCCCGCAUUGCUCCCGGCCCCCUGGAUCCGUCGGGGCGCCUCCACCCGGCUGUUAGCAUGAUGUCUUACCUCAAACAACCCCCAUACGGCAUGAACGGGCUGGGCCUAGCCGGGCCCGCCAUGGACCUCCUGCACCCUUCCGUGGGCUAUCCGGCCACCCCGCGGAAGCAGCGGCGGGAGCGCACCACCUUCACGCGGUCGCAGCUGGACGUGCUCGAGGCGCUCUUCGCCAAGACUCGCUACCCUGACAUCUUCAUGCGCGAGGAGGUGGCGCUCAAGAUCAACCUGCCAGAGUCCAGAGUCCAGGUCUGGUUCAAGAACCGCCGUGCCAAAUGCCGCCAGCAGCAGCAGAGUGGCAGCGGGACCAAGAGCCGCCCAGCCAAGAAGAAGUCGUCCCCGGUGCGGGAGAGCUCGGGCUCCGAAAGCAGCGGUCAGUUCACACCGCCUGCUGUGUCCAGCUCCGCCUCCUCCUCUAGCUCGGCUUCCAGCGCCUCCGCCAACCCCGCGGCGGCAGCGGCUGCGGGCCUGGGCGGGAACCCGGCGGUGGCAGUGCCGUCGUCGUUGAGUACGCCGGCUGCUUCAUCCAUCUGGAGUCCAGCCUCCAUCUCGCCCGGCUCAGCGCCUGCGUCGGUGUCGGUGCCGGAGCCAUUGGCCGCGCCUAGCAACGCAUCGUGUAUGCAGCGCUCGGUAGCUGCAGGCGCAGCCUCCGCGGCAGCUUCUUAUCCCAUGUCCUACGGCCAGGGAGGCAGCUACGGUCAGAGCUACCCCGCGCCCUCUUCUUCCUACUUCGGAGGCGUGGACUGCAGCUCAUAUCUAGCGCCCAUGCACUCGCACCACCACCCGCACCAGCUAAGCCCUAUGGCACCGUCCUCCAUGGCCGGCCACCACCAUCACCAUCCGCACGCGCACCACCCAUUGAGCCAGUCCUCAGGCCAUCACCACCAUCACCACCACCAUCACCACCAGAGCUACGGCGGCUCGGGGCUCGCCUUCAACUCUGCCGAUUGCUUGGAUUACAAGGAGCCUGGAGCCGCCGCCGCUUCCUCUGCCUGGAAGCUCAACUUCAACUCGCCCGACUGCCUGGACUAUAAGGACCAAGCCUCAUGGCGGUUCCAGGUAUUGUGAACCAGGAGUAAGAGAAGAAGAGAAACGCAACUACCUGCGCCCUCCGUGGUCCCCGUCCUUUUGCUGCUGCUGCUGCACCGCCCGCCUUUGCCUCAGCUUCUCCAGACCUGAUUUUCAUGUCCCCAGAAGAUGCCCAUUUCCUGCACUGCUGCCCUCAUCUUUGUGUCACUUGCUUGGGGGAGGGUGUGCAAACCCGCCCACCCCUUGGAUGAGGGGGACAGGUGCUGCGGCUUGGCCACAAAUUCUAUACGGGAGAGUUGUGUGCUCUCCUCAACCCCUAACGAACUCCUAAGUCACCCACUUCCAGUCUUUCUGGACAGUUGUUAUGCACUUGCAGCCUUCGGAGACUCUUCACUCUCGGUGUUUGAGCCCUACACUUUUAUUUAUUCUUUCUGGACACUGGAGUCACUCACUAGGUGGCACGUCUGCCCAUUGGAGUGCACCCACACUCUAUUCCCAAACAACCACUAAGUGUGUCUCACGUGCAGACUGCCGCCCCUCCAUCUGCCCUCGGCCCCUUUCCCCGCCUGCAGGCCGGAGCUUCCCGGCGUCUCCUCCUCCCGGCGGAAAGCGCUGGGGCAGGGCGGGAGAGGGAGGAGCGCGCCCCUAGCUUCUCACGCUCAGCCCCGCCCUGCGUAGAACUGGCUCAACCUUCCGCCUCAGCGGGAAUGCUGUACAUAGUCGGGUCCGUUCCGGGGACCACUUAUACCUUUUAGUUGCUGUUGGUUGAACUGAGCAUAUCUCGUCUUAGCGCCCAGGAAAUAGAACUUUAAGAUAUAUACAGCACACACACACAAACACACACACAUACUAUAAAACAAAAGCAAAAAUAUUUUCCCUCUGUCUCCCAGCCUACGCCCUCAAACGAUGGCGCUUUUACUUUUUUCAGUUGUUGCAAAGCAGUCCUGCCCUCUCACACCUUUUUUUUCUAUGUAUUUAUUAAAGAGAACCGUUUGGUUCCAGGAACCUGGGCAUAGAGAAUCAGAGGGUCCGGGAGUGGAGGAAACAGCCAAGUCAGGGUACAGGGGAGGUGUCUAGGCUGGGCUUGGGCGCAGGACCGAGUCCUUCACCAGGUCCAAGCACAGGGUCGCAGUUCCGGUUUAGAGACCAAAAACAAAAGGAAAGAAAACAAUAAAUAAAAAUACAGCAUUAUGGAAAAACAAACCCAGGCCCCAAACCUCAGUUCCCGUUUCUCUGUCAGCUUCUCUCUUUAAGCAACCCUGUUUUGUCUAGUGAGUUCUUAGUGCACCUUCAUUCUCCUAAAUCUGCGGACAGCCCGCGCCUGUGUAUCAAUUUUGCCUUUGGCCGUUUCAUCCAGUAGGUGGGAAAGUAAUUUGUAAAUUUGAUUUGUCCGAUGUGAAGAUCACAAAUUACUUGUUGAAAUGUAAGGCAGUCCCCUUCUCCCCCUUUAUCUACAUUAUUUCCCUAAAAUAAAU